GUUUCUGGCAGCCUGACUUCAAUUAUGGCUACUGAAGGCAAUCAGGUUCCCUUGCGUCAGAAGCCGAGGAAGAAAACUCAAGGUUUUUUCACCAUGAGUCGGAGGAGGAUAUCGUGUAAAGAUCUGGGCCACGCUGACUGCCAGGGUUGGCUGUACAAGAAAAAGGAAAAGGGAACUUUCCUGAGCAACAAAUGGAAAAAGUUCUGGGUGGUGCUGAAGGGGUCAUCGCUGUACUGGUAUAGCAAUCAGAUGGCAGAGAAAGCUGAUGGAUUUGUCAACCUGCCAGAUUUCACAGUGGAAAGAGCCUCUGAAUGCAAGAAAAAACAUGCAUUCAAGAUCAACCACCCACAGAUCAAAGCCUUCUACUUUGCAGCAGAGAAUUUGCAGGAAAUGAACGUGUGGUUAAACAAACUUGGGUUUGCAGUAAUCCACCAGGAGUCCACCACAAAGGAUGAAGAAUGUUACAGUGAGAGUGAGCAGGAAGAUCCUGAAAUAGCCUCGGAGACGCCGCCCCCUCCAUAUGCUUCGGCAACUUCCUCUCCCGUGGUACGCGUAGAUGCUUCGCGGAGGGCGUCGUCUUCUUCACCUAAACUGAGAAACUCAUCAUGCUCUUUCUCCUCCCUGGAAAAUACGGCAAAGGCACCCAGCCUGUUUUCUUCCUCCGGAUCUAAAGACAGACAGACCUGGCUUGACAUGGUUAACAACGCGACUGCUGCUGAAGAUACGGGACACCCCCUGACAUUUAGUGUACAGGUCCAUACACCUGCAUCUUCAGAGGCCAGCAGUUGCCCGGCCCCAGGAAAUAGCUCCAUCACUUCAGAAAGUGGAUUUUUGAACUCUUUGUCUAGCGAUGACACUUCUUCAUUGAGCAACAACCAAGACCAUCUAACAGUUCCAGACAGAGCUGCUGGAUCAAGGAUCGUGGAUGGAGAAGAAAUAAAAGUGUCUGAAGAUGAUGAGAUGGAGAAACUCUACAAAUCACUGGAGCAAGCAAGUCUGUCUCCUCUCGGGGACCGGAGACCUUCAACCAAGAAGGAGUUGAGAAAGUCUUUUGUGAAACGGUGCAAAAACCCAUCCAUCAAUGAGAAGCUUCACAAGAUCAGAACCUUGAAUAGCACCUUAAAGUGCAAAGAACAUGAUCUGGCCAUGAUCAACCAACUGCUGGAUGACCCUAAGCUUACAGCCAGAAAGUACAGAGAAUGGAAGGUCAUGAACACGCUGCUCUUCCAGGACAUCUACCACCAGCAGCAGGUGCCUCCAGACCCUGACGUCGCCCCCCAGGAACUCAAGAACCCCAGCUCGUCUGACUGUGUUGAAAAUUCUCUUUGAGCAGAAGCCAGAACUGCUGUCUUCCUUGUUACUGUGCCAUUCUAGAAGACGCUGCCAGGGCAUACGUUUUGCUUGCAAGGAAACACCAAACCCGGUUCCUGAGGCAUCAUCCCUCCCUGCUAAGGAUGAAACCAAGUUCUGAUGCGGUGGGAGUCCUGAUUUCCAUGUGUUGUGUUCAUCAAUAUUGGAGUUAUGGAGUUCAUCCGAGCCGGCGUAUGUUCUGAAUUCCUGCUAGGAGCUGGUAGGGAUGCUAGGCUCUAGCUGGGAUGUGAAAAGGGUAACCCCUCCUUUGCUUUCAAGAGAAUUACAAUCUACCAUAGACCAGCGGCCCAAUUUUACUAGGGAUAAUAAUGCAUAGAAACAUUCCGUUUUGCAGAAGAAACAAGUAGAAUCCUGUUUGGUGGAGUGCAGAGUUCUGUAAUACAUUUCAAGUGGAGGCGUUUCUCCCACAGUAGCUACUGGAGCUGGACAUGAGUUAGCAAUUGUGGAACACAUGGCUGUUCUUGCCUUUGGUACAGAGAGCGGUGCCUUUUCGACUUGUUGAGCACUUAUUUGAAGAGUAUGGGCUAGUGGGGUGGAGAGUGGGGAGCCCAGGGUGAAGGCAUGCUUUUUGCUUCACUCAGAGGACACCUUCAUAUUUUCAUACUUUGCCUGGGGUGGGGGGAUCUGAUUAAGGUGGCCCUUCUUCACAAUGACGGUUGGAGACCUUCGUCCUCCAACCCCAGCUUCUCUGAACAGUGGUAGGAGAUAGUAAUACCCAUCGCAAGGAAUGGUAUAUUGUGUUCAACCUUGGCUGUGGUGCCUAACCCAGUAUGAAUUUUUAUCCAGUUUUCUUGGGGUCCAAAUGCUUAAGGCUAUUUCUGAAUUGUUCUGAACUUGGAAAAGAACCUAGACCAACAAAACGGUUAAACAGGAUCAUUUUAGUUUUGUAUGUUUAUGUGUGUCAAAUAGUGUGAGAUGUGAAUAGCUACCUAUGUUUCUUAUUUAAAUGUAUUUAUAGAUGUGCAAA